UGUGAACUUUUGAGAAGAAGCUUCAAUGCAUGUUAGGACACUUUGAAAAAUCAAUUUAGUUUUUGAAUAAACCUCUACCUCUUUUCAUCCCCUCUCUCUCUCGCUGCAGUUUCUUCAUUCAUUCUCUUUAUCAAAACCAUCAACAAUGGAAUUCUGGGGAGUUGAAGUUCUGGCAGGGAAGUCAGUUAAAGUGAAGCCUGAUUUUGAAUCUCUCAUUCAUGUUUCCCAGGCAUCACUUGAUAAAGGGAAGAAGGGAGAAACUGCUUUGUUGUAUGUGACGGUUCGUGGGAAGAAGCUUGUGAUGGGAACCCUCUCUCAAGGCAACAUUCCUCAGAUUAGCUUCGAUCUCGUCUUUGAGAAAGAGUUUGAGCUUUCCCACAGUUUGGAGAGCGGAAGUGUCCACUUUGUCGGAUACAAAUCCCCCAACAUGGUGGAAGAGGAUGUCUUCUCUGAUCCAGAAGAGGAGUAGGAGGAGGAAGCUGCUGCAGUUCCUGCAGCUGUCACUGCAAAUGCUGUCAAGGCUGACUCAAAACCAAAGGCCAAGCCUGCGGAGGAAGUGAAGCCUGAAUCAGCCGAGGAUGAGGAUGAGGAUGAUUCUGAAGAGGAUGGAUCCGACUCUGAGAAAGGAAUGGAUGUUGAUUCCGAGGAUGAGGGAGAAGAUGACACCCCUAAGAAGUAAGAAAGCCUGAGGUGUCCAACAAAAAGAGGCCGAACGAAUCUGCUUCCAAAACACCUCUUUCAGCAAAGAAAGCAAAACACCCAUGUAAAAAGCGUGGAUCAUCCUUCGGUGGUGAUGCUAACAAGAAACAUCCAAGGCCUAAAUUUAACGCAGUAGAAGAUUUUGAAGAUCUUGUCAUCGCAGACAACACGUCUUCCGAUUCCGAUUCCGAUUCCCACUAAAUUAGAAUUCGUAUGAACAAAUUAGUUCUAUUUAUACCUAAUUGGUUUCUUUAUUUUCCCUCGUUUUUCUUCCUUUGUAGUCAACUUGCUAUGCCUCUCGGUUAUGGAUGAGUACGAAUAAGAUAUCCAUAGAUUUUAAAUAUA